AGACUAAAAAGAUGAAUGGAUGACCUUGGGUUUUCGUCCUGUUUUUUUAUUUCCAUACUGUUAAAUCAAUUUAAUUAUCACAUCUUUUUUACUCUCUACAUAUCAAAUUGUUUGACUUGCUUUCUUUUCAAGUGUCAUAUUUUUUUUCUCACCUGGUUUGUGAUAAAUGUUAAAUGUUUUUUUCUAGAGACCAGUAAAAGAAAAGAUGUGAAGCCUCCAACAGCCUUAAAAGAAAAGGACUCUUCAAAAGGAAAAGAUAUUAAGGCUUCAAGUAAUACUAAGGAAAAAGUUGCAGUGAAAAAGGAGGUGGAGAAGAAAGCUACCUCAGAGAAACCUCAUGAACACAAGCAUGAACAUGUUAAACAUGAAAAAACUAUCUCUCAGAGUAAGCCAGAGGAGAAAAUUAAACAACAAAAGACAACUCCCACUGUGAAAUCAGAGCAGGAAGCAGUUAGACAUCAAAAAGAUGUUCCACGAACAAAACCAGUCAAACCAAAAACCACUGCAAAGCCAACAGCUGAAAUCCCAACAGCAGCCACAAAAAAACCAAAACCAAAGACAACUAAGGAAAAAGAAGGUGCCCCACCAGUAAAAGAAGCCCCACGACAUCAAAACCUGACAUCAGGUACAUGA